AGGCUUAUAAAAGCCUUAAGCGAUACGUCCGGAUUAGUUGUCAGACUCCCUCUGGACCCUGUGUCGGCUUAUCUGUCUCGUUUUUCUGGCUGCCCGUGAUAAAGAAGCCCACCAAACAUGUCGGACGAUUAUGUCAAGGCUCGGGUAAUGUUCAAGGAGGAACAGAUCUCCGAGUUCAAGAUGGCGUUUGACAUGUUCGACGAGGAUGGCGGCGGUGACAUCAGCACCAAGGAGUUGGGUACGAUCAUGAAGAGGCUGGGCAUGAGCAUCUCUAGAGAGGAGCUGCAGCAGAUGAUUGACGAGGUGGACGAGGACGGGAGCGGUACCAUCGACUUCGAGGAGUUCCUGGAGAUGAUGGCCAGGGCCAUGCAGGACAGUGAGCGGGAGAUCCCUGACGACGAGCUGCGCGCAGCCUUCAAGGUCUUGGACAAGAACGGAGACGGUUUCAUCGACAAGGAUGAGUUCAGGGCUCUAGCAUCAGAGUGUGCUGGAGAUGACUUAACAGAUGAUGAGCUCCAUGAGUUUAUGGACGAGUAUGAUGGAAACAGGGACGGAAGGUUCGACUAUGAGGAGUGGAAGGAGAUCAUCCAGGAACUCAAGAUCCGGUGGUAGAAACGUACAGCCGCCCUCUCAUAUCUACCAUCUCCAAAUCAACUGACAGCCUUUCGCAUGCGCGAGGAAGUCCCUCGCAGUCCGGGGGACCCAGCUAACACACCGGCCGCUCCGGACGGACUGACCACGGCCCAACUUCGUCACGCCACUCUGCACUACAAUCGUACUUGUUUUUGACUUUAUUUUGUGUAGAUCGUGUUUGUAGCUUAGUACAUUCAUAGAUGCUUACAUUUGUUAGGAAACGUGUAGGGAUUGUUUAAGAAAAAUCAUGUGAUGACAGGUUGUGCCACCAUUCUUCGUGUUAUACUGUUGUACAUAAGGAAAGGAGACUUUUCCUGUGAAGUCUGUUGUCUGUUCACCGAAUGCUACAAAUCCAAUUUGUGACUGAAGUAGCAGGAUCCGGGAGGUCAUAAUCCUGUAAUAAACCUGGUCUACAGUG